AUGUCUACUAAUAAAACAAACAUUCCUCAUAAAAUUGACCAAUGGUUUAAAAAGACAACAAAACAAAAAUACGUAGAACAACUUAGAAAGUCUAUCACUGAAAGAAAUAUUCAUACUGACAUUUAUUUUUUAUAUCAUUUAAUUCAACAAAUUUAUCAUUUUCAAAUUGUUCUUACUGAUAUUAAUGCUCAAAAAGAUAAGAUUCAUAUCAUGUAUCCUGUUUCUUCUGUUUAUUUUAUUGGAGAUAUUAAAACACCUUUGAAUAUCUCUAUUUAUAAACAACUCACUACAAAUUUAAUCUCUUUAACUAGACUUAAAGGGUAUAGAUACUCAUUAGAAUCUACUUUCAAAUAUUUGUGUCAAUUCUUGACUAAUGUUGGGAUUCUUAUUAGAUACACUUAUCCUGAAGGAAUUCUCUCUAUUAACUUUAACUUUAGAGUUUAUACUCAACAAAAUACUUUCAUUUCUGAACUUAAAUCAAAAAAUGAUUUAAUGCUAUUUGUUCAUAAUCCUGCUAUCACUAUAUUUAAUCAUCUCAAAACACAAUUCAAUUCUAAUAAUCAUCUUCUUGUUCUACAAAAUCCACUCUUUGUUAAUAUAAUGUUUUCUGGAAAUGAUACUGGAAUAGUAGCUUUCUUAAAUGAUUCCUCUCUAUUGUCUUCUGAAAAAAGUCUUCCUAAAGUCAAUCAAUUGGAUACUUUUAAUUUCUCUAUUGAUAAUCUAGUUGCUCUAAAUGUUAAUAACACUGAUCCAGAUACUAAUAUUAAUCAAGAUGACGUUCAAUUAGAAGAAUUCUCUUUUACAAAUUUUCAACAUACUUUACUAUUAGAUUCUAAUUAA